UCUCCUGUCCUGGGUGUAAACGAGUAUAUCUUACCAGGGAUGUAACCGAACAUUUUUUUCUGCAGUGUGUUCCUACUGAGCAACCCAAGAUGGCCAGGAACUGCUCCGAGUGCAAGGAGAAGAGGGCAGCACAUAUCCUCUGCACCUACUGCAAUCGCUGGCUGUGUAGCUCUUGCACAGAGGAACACCGACACAGCCCUGUCCCCGGGGGUCCGUUCUUUCCUCGGGCCCAAAAAGGAUCUCCAGGAGUGAAUGGUGGUUCUGGAGACUUCAUCUUGUACUGUCCUCUACACACACAGGAAGUACUCAAGCUAUACUGCGAGACAUGUGAUAUGCUCACAUGCCAUAGCUGCCUAAUGGUGGAACACAAAGAACACAGGUGCAGACAUGUUGAAGAAGUUUUGCAAAACCAGAGGAUGCUUCUGGAAAGUGUGACUACACAGGUGGCACAUAAGAAAUCCAGUCUACAGGCAUCUGCAAAGCAAAUUGAGGACAGGAUUUUUGAAGUGAAGCAUCAGCAUAGGAAGGUGGAAAACCAGAUCAAAAUGGCCAAGAUGGUUCUGAUGAAUGAGCUGAACAAACAGGCCAAUGGGCUUAUAGAGGAAUUGGAGGGCAUUACUAAUGAGAGAAAGCAGAAGCUGGAACAGCAGUUACAGAGCAUCAUGGUUCUCAGCCGUCAGUUUGAGCAUGUGCAGAAUUUCAUCAACUGGGCUGUCUGCAGCAAAACCAGUGUCCCUUUUCUUUUCAGCAAAGAGCUGAUUGUGUUUCAGAUGCAGCGAUUGCUGGAGACAAGUUGUAACACAGAUCCUGGCUCCCCUUGGAGUAUCAGAUUCACCUGGGAGCCUAACUUCUGGACCAAGCAGCUAGCUUCUCUUGGCUGCAUAACUACUGAAGGUGGACAACUGUCCCGGGCAGAUGCUCCUGCUUAUGGAGGCUUACAGGGGCCAUCACCCUUUUAUCAAAGCCACCAGUCUCCAGUGGCUCAGCAAGAGGCGCUUAGCCACCCUCCACACAAGUUCCAGUCUCCAGCAGUGUGCUCCUCAUCUGUGUGCUGCUCCCACUGCUCCCCAGUCUCACCUUCCCUCAAAGGCCAGGUCCCACCACCCAGCAUGCACCCAGCUCACAGCUUUAGGCAGCCCUCUGAGAUGGUGCCCCAGCAGCUGGGGUCUCUGCAGUGCUCUGCCCUGCUGCCCAGGGAGAAGGAGCUGGCCUGCAGCCCUCAUCCACCAAAGCUGCUGCAGCCCUGGCUGGAAACCCAGCCCCCUGUGGAGCAGGAGAGCAUGCCCCAGCGGCUGGGGCAGCAGCUGACUUCCCAGCCCGUGUGUAUUGUCCCCCCACAGGAUGUUCAGCAAGGAGCCCAUGCCCACCGCACCUUACAGACACCCACUAUCCAAGUCCAGUUUGGCCACCACCAGAAGCUGAAGCUCAGUCACUUUCAGCAGCAGCCACAGCAGCAGCUGCCACCUCCAACACCUCCCCUACCUCCCCCACAGCAGCCACCCCCACCUCCACCUCCAUCCCAGCAUCUGGCUUCUAGUCAGCAUGAGAGCCCUCCUGGGCCUGCCUGUUCUCAGAACGUGGACAUAAUGCAUCACAAGUUUGAGUUGGAGGAAAUGCAGAAGGACUUGGAGCUUCUUCUCCAGGCUCAACAGCCCAGCCUGCAACUGAGUCAGACCAAAUCUCCUCAGCAUCUGCAGCAAACCAUUGUGGGGCAGAUCAACUACAUCGUGAGGCAGCCAGCGCCUGUCCAGUCCCAGAGCCAGGAGGAGACCCUGCAGGCUACAGAUGAGCCCCCAGCAUCCGAGGGCUCGAAAUCAACUCUCCCUCUUGACAAGAAUACUGCUGCUGCCUUGCCCCAGGUGUCUGGGGAAGAAGCCCCUCUCAGUGUCCCCCCAGUGGACAGCACCAUCCAGAACUCCUCUCCAAAUGUGGUGAGAAAGCACUCCACCUCGGUGAGCAUCAUGGGGUUUUCCAACACUCUGGAAAUGGAAUUGUCAUCUACCAGGUUGGAGAGGACCCUAGAGCCACAGAUCCAGAGUGUGAGCAGCCUGACGGCUGGCAAUUCCCAAGCGGUACCAAGCCUGCUGAGUGGUCCCCCCAAAACAGUGUCCAGCCUGACAAGUGUUCAAAACCAGGCCAUGCCCAGCCUGACAACCAGUCAUCUACAGACUGUGCCCAGCCUCGUGCGUAGCACAUUCCAGUCCAUGCCCAACUUGCUGAGUGACUCCCCCCAGGCUGUGGCAAACCUGGCAAGUGAUCACUCUCAGGCUGGGCCCAGCCUAGUGUCUGGUCACACCCAGGCUGUGCCAAGUCUGGCAACUUGUCCUCUGCAGAGCAUCCCUUCAGUGUCUGACAUGCAGCCAGAAACCGGGUCCAGCUCCAGUUCUGGCCGAACUUCAGGGAGCCUGUGCCCUGGAGAUGGCGCUGAUCCCUCCCUGGGGAAUGCUCUGUGUAAGAUGGAAAGUGAGGAUUCCACUCGCUUCACUGACUCACUGGGACAAGGUCCCAUAACCCCUGGUCUGGAUGCUCGCAAGGACUUGGCCAUCCCAUCAGAACUGGAGGAGCCAAUUAACCUCUCUGUGAAGAAACCUCCACUGGCACCAGUGGUCAGCACAUCUACAGCUCUGCAGCAGUGCCAGAACGUAAAAGUGUGUGAGAAUUUUGAACAAGGAACCCUAGAGCUGGAUGCAAAGGAGAACCAGAGCAUCAGAGCCUUCAAUAGCGAGCCUAAGAUUCCCUAUGUGCGACUAGAGCGACUCAAAAUCUGUGCUGGCUCCUCGGGAGAGAUGCCUGUGUUCAAGCUGAAGCCACAGAAGAAUGAUCAGGAUGGGAGCUUCCUGCUGAUCAUCGAGUGUGGCACUGAGUCCUCCAGCAUGUCCAUUAAGGUCAGCCAGGACAGACUGUCUGAGGCCACCCAGGCCCCAGGUCUGGGGGGAAGAAAGGUCACUGUCACUUCUCUGGCUGGGCAGCGGCCUCCAGAAGUGGAGGGCACAUCUGAAGAACACAGACUCAUUCCUCGAACUCCAGGAGCCAAGAAGGGCCCCCCAGCCCCAAUAGAGAAUGAGGACUUCUGUGCUGUUUGCCUUAAUGGGGGAGAGUUACUGUGCUGUGACCGCUGCCCCAAAGUGUUCCAUCUGUCCUGCCAUGUGCCAGCCUUGCUCAGCUUUCCAGGGGGAGAGUGGGUGUGUACCUUGUGCCGCAGCCUGACCCAGCCCGAGAUGGAGUACGACUGUGAGAACGCCCGCUAUAACCAGCCUGGAAUGCGGGCAUCUCCUGGCCUAAGCACAUACGACCAGAAGAAGUGUGAGAAGCUGGUAUUGUCCUUGUGCUGCAAUAACCUCAGCCUGCCCUUCCAUGAACCUGUCAGCCCCCUGGCCCGGCAUUAUUACCAGAUUAUCAAGAGGCCCAUGGACCUGUCAAUCAUCCGGAGAAAGCUGCAAAAGAAGGACCCGGCUCACUAUACCACCCCAGAGGAGGUGGUAUCGGAUGUGCACCUCAUGUUCUGGAAUUGUGCUAAGUUCAAUUAUCCUGACUCAGAGGUUGCAGAGGCUGGCCGCUGCCUGGAAGUGUUCUUUGAGGGCUGGUUGAAGGAGAUCUACCCAGAGAAACGGUUUGCCCAGCCAAGGCAGGAGGACUCAGACUCCGAAGAGGUGUCUAGUGAGAGUGAACGCUCCACUCCCCAGGGCUUCCCAUGGCCUCCCUACGUGCAGGAAGGCAUCCAACCCAAGAGGCGGCGACGACAUAUGGAGAAUGAAAGAGCAAAGAAAAUGUCAUUUCGUCUGGCCAACAGCAUCCCCCAGGUGUGAGAGCCAAGAGACUGUGUACUCUGGCAGCUGUUGUCCCAGCCUGUCGACCAUUCCUUCCCAUCUUGCAGCUUAUCCUCUUCAGAAUGUGGGUGGUAGAUGAGUCUCAUUGAACUGUAUAGUGCUCUUCUUUGCCAUUUGCAUCUACAGCAUUUAUUUGGGAGCCGCAGUGCAUCCACUACAGAGAAGAUUUCAGUAAUAAACAGGAAAGAGGAAGG